AUGAUUCAAGCUGAGGAGAGCAGUACCCACUCAACGUGGAAUAUUGUGAGGUCAGUAGUCUGCAUAAUACUGACCUUGUCAUUUAUUAUUGGGACCCCUGGGAAUUGCAUCGUCAUCUGGACCAUUUGUAAAAAAAUGAAGCAAGUAUCUCCUUCAGUCCUGCUCAUCUUGAACCUGGCCAUUGCAGAUGUCCUUGUACUGAUUACUUUACCAAUUUGGAUUUACUCCUUUGCUGACUCAUGGGUUUUUGGCGUCAUCUUCUGCAAAAUACUGGUUUUCAUUAUUUACUGCAGCAUGUACGCUAGUAUAUUUCUAAUUACAGCACUGAGCUUGGAGCGGUUAAUGGCCGUGUUUUACCCUUUCACAAUUCAAAGAUACAAAACAAAAGAAAAAAUUGCUGUAGUCAUGUUCCUCAUUUGGUUCCUGUCUAUUGCUUUCGGCAUUUCUGUCAUUCCAUUUCAAGAGACAGAAGAAAUGAACGGUCAACUACUAUGCACAUGUCGCAACUACUCUUCUAAUAGACAGAAAGCAUCAUAUCUUUUGCUGGAGACUCUUGCAGGUUUUGCAAUCCCUUUUUUAAUUAUUUGCACUUGUUACACGUGUGUUGCAAGAAGAAUAAGCAGAAUGACUUACCAAUCUAAGCAGCGAUCGGAACGGCUCAUUACCAGCAUUGUGGUGAUGUUCAUUUUGUGCUGGUUCCCUCAUCAUCUCUUUAACAUCCUAGACAUUAUUUCAGUUCAGAUAGAAGACUCUAACAAGGAAAUGUCUUUGGCACUGGAUGAAACUGUGGACAAAGGAGUGUACAUCUCUGGAGCACUUGUAUUCAUCAGUAGCUGUGUUAACCCUCUACUUUAUGCUUUUGCUGCACGAAGAUUUCAGAAUCACCUGAGACUUUCCAAGAUAUCAAAGCUGUUUGAACAGCUGAGUCAGACUCUGACAGAGGAAGACAAGAAAAAAGGUUUGGUUGUAACCAAACAAGAAGAUACUUUAGUAAGCACAGAAAAUCUCUAA